CCGCCACGUGCAGCGCCGCCGCCGCUCCGGAAGGGCUCGCGUCGAGCCCGCCCCGCGCGGGCGCUGCCGGAGCCGUUGCCGCGGCAACGCGCGGGCCGCGGCCAUGGCGGAGGGCGGGCACGGCGCAGAACAUGAAGAGGAACAGCCUCAAUUUUCAGAUGUUCCUCAAUCAAAACAAGAUCCUGAAUCAAAAGAAGAAUCAGUGCCUUUGGAAGCAGAAAUUCCUGUGGAAGAGCUUUUUUCUCCUCCUGCAGACCAAUAUCUGCUAUCUGUACUUGGGGAAACUCCCCCUGGAGAACCCCCUGAUCCAAAAAAAUGUUCUCCUCGAGAAUACUUGGAGUUUUACAUCUUCCCAGUGCUCUUACCAGGGCUGGCUGCACUGCUGCAGGAAGCAGAGAAGGAGAAGUGCUUUGAGGAAAAAAGAACCAAAUUUAUUCCCUCUGAUUUUCUAACUGAGUGGUUAUACAACAAGAAUCCAAAGAGGAAAGAUGAGUCAUUCACAGAAUUGUUUUCCAUUCCUUUUGUUAAGGACUGGCUAAAGGACCAUCCUAGACCACCAGUUCCUCUAUCUCUGCUUCUGUCAGAAGAAGAAGCAAGCAUCCUAAUUCAGUCCUUCUGGAGAGGUUAUCGGGUUCGUUGUGAUAGUGAAGUACAAGAGCUACGUCGGUGGCAGAAGAAGCUGAGAGAGGAGAGGUACAUUAAUGAGGUAGUGAGAAAAUUCUGGGCUAAACAGGAAGCCAAAGUGAGAAGCAAAUCAGAAGAGCUGGACAAACAAAAUCCUUCAACAUCUCAAUUUUAGUUUCCUCACUAAAAUUGCAAAGCACAGA